AUGAUUACCAGCGCAUCCGAAUGGGUCUAUAAUGAGACGCUGCAUGGUGAGUUACAAAAAAGAGAUAGAAAUAAGAACAAACAGGAAAGCCAGAUAUAUCAGCGAAGACACGUUUUGUUCCCUCCAAUUGUGGCUGGCCAAUUCAUUCCUGGAUCAAAAGAAUAUAUUCCUCUACAUCAUGACGGUAUCGUAAUCGGCCAACUUCAAAUGUUCACAGAGACACUGCAAUAA